UUGGGAAGGAAGGAGGACAUAGAUAGAGUACCUUCCCCACUGCCCGCUCUUGCAGCGUCUGAGGGAUCACCAGCUGGGCUGGUGCAGGCUAAGGGCAUUUGAUUAGGGGUGCAGAAAACGGCAAGAAAAUGCAAUGGAGCCCAGGGUGAUGUACGUGGUUAUGUUAAUCUCCUCAACAACCCUGUGAGGGAGAAGCACCCCUGGACACUAGCUGGAAUCAUAUUUCUGUCUCCAGAGUAUCCUAAUUUACAAGCAGAGUUUCCUGUUGGGUUUGCUCAGCUUAAUAGCUCAGCACAUCUGGAGAGUUUCUGCCUUCAGAGAAGACCAGGAUGGCAGAGCAAGGCUCAGCUGGCUCUAAAGCAGAAAGUGUCCCUGGUGCCCUCCAGAGUAGGAAAAGUGGGGUAUUCUGGGGCAAAGCUGUGCAGAAGAUCCUGGGUGAGGACACCAGCAGCUCAGAUGUACAGCGCCAGUGCUUCAGACAGUUCAGCUACCAGGAGGCCAAGGAGCCCCGAGAGGUUUGCAGCCGACUCCAUGCUCUUUGCCACCAGUGGCUGAAGCCAGAGAGACACACGAAAGUUCAGAUGCUGGACCUGGUGAUCCUGGAGCAGUUCCUGACCAUCCUGCCCCCAGAGAUGGAGAGCUGUGUUUCAGAACUUGUGUCUACACUGGAAAAAGAGAUCCAUACAGCUGUAAAGAAGAUGCUGGGAGAUGCUGGCCCUGAAGCAGGAAGGGAUGCUGAUGGAACUGAGGUUGGGAACAGUGAGGGAUUCUGGGAAAGAACCGCUCAGAAGAUCUUGGAUGAGGACACCAUCAGCUCAGAUGAACAGUGCCAGCGCUUCAGGCGGUUCUGCUACCAGGAGGCUGAGGGGCCCCAAGAGGUUUGCUGCCAACUUCAUGCCCUUUGCCAUCAGUGGCUGAAACCAGAAAGACACACAAAAGCUCAGAUCCUGGACCUGGUGAUCCUGGAGCAGUUCCUGGCCGUCCUGCCCCUGGAGAUGGAGAGCUGGGUCAGAGAGUGUGGAGCAGAGACCAGUUCCCAGGCAGUGGCCCUGGCAGAAGGUUUCCUCCUGAGCCAGGCAGAGGCCAAGAGGCAGGAAGAGCAGCAGGUGCAGGACAUAUUGGCAGGAAUGGCCAGAAAUCUGUCCAACUUGGAGAAAGCUCCAGAGACGCUGCUUCCCAGGGGCGUUGUGCAGAAAGGUGGUGCAGGUGCUACUUUGCCAGGUGGUGAGACAUCAAUGGCGAAUAGUUCCAGGCCUUCUCUUCUUUCUAAUGGAGGGGAGCCUGCGGUUGUGCAGUUGGACCAGGCAAGGGAAGAAUCAUUGGGGAGUCUGAUGAUAUUUGAGAAGGUGGCUGUGUAUUUCACAGAGGAGGAGUGGACUCUGCUGGAUCCAGGCCAAAGGGCUCUGCACAGGGAAGUUAUGGAGGAGAAUUGGGGAAACCUGACCUCUCUGGGGCUUCUGGCUCCCAAACUUGACCUCAUCAGAUGGCUGGAAGAGAGAAAAGAUGCAUUUGUUAAGGAAGAGGAGAGCUCGGCGGGUCGUUGUGGGGCAGACCCUUUGCCAGAGACUGAACUCAUCCAUUGGAUGGAGGGCAGGGAAGAUGCAUUUGUCAAGGAAGAAGAGAGAUCAGCAAGUUGCUGUGGGGAGAUUGAACUUGUCACCUGGCUGGAGGACAGGGAAGAUGCGUUUGUUGAGGACCUGGAGGAAGAAGAGAGUUCAGCAGGUGGCAGGAAAGAGAGUGAGGAAGAGGGUGAAAGGCAGAGGAGAUUAACUGAAGCCAAGCAGAAGGGAAGAAAAGAAGCCCUUGUUCCAGAAGGUUCUAACUUCCAUCAAAUUCCAAGCCAAGAAGGAAACGAGAGGGAUACGCUUCCUCAAUAUGCAAAAACCUCAACUAGUGAAUCAAACCUCGGCACACCUCAAAGAGUGCACCAUGGGGAAGAACCGUUUAAAUGCUUAGAGUGCGGAAAGAGCUUCAGUCACUGGUUAUACUUCACUAGACAUCAAAGGAUCCACACAGGAGAGAGGCUGUUUCCAUGCUCAGUGUGUGGAAAGAAUUUCAGGCAGAGCACACAGCUUAUUACUCAUCAAAGAAUCCACACAGGGGAGAAACCAUUCCUAUGCUCAGAGUGUGGAAAGAGCUUCAAUUAUUGGACAAACUAUACUAGGCAUAAGAAAAUCCACACAGGAGAGAAGCCGUUUCCAUGUGUAGAGUGUGGAAAGUGUUUCAGGGAGAGCAUAGAACUGAUUGCACAUCAAAGAAUCCAUACAGGGGAAAAACCAUUUCCAUGCCCAGAGUGUGGAAAGAGCUUCAGGAGGCGCUCACACCUUGCUUCCCAUCAAGUAACCCACACAGGGGAGAAACCACAUAAAUGCUCAGAGUGUGGCAAGAACUUCAGUCACAGCAACGGCCUUAUAUACCACAAAAGCACUCACACAGGAGAGAAACCAUAUAAAUGCUUAGACUGUGGAAACAGCUUCGGUCAUAGGGUAGCCCUUAUCUCACAUCAACGAGUUCACACAGGGGAGAAGCCAUUUGUAUGCUCAGAGUGCGGAAAGAGCUUCAGUCAUAGCAGUAGCCUUACUUAUCACAAAAGAAUUCACACAGGAGAGAAACCCUUCAAGUGCUUGGAAUGUGGGAAGAGCUUUCGUCGGAGUGAAGAUUUUAGCUCGCAUCUAAUACUCCACACAGGAGAGAAUCCAUUUACAUGCUCAGAGUGUGGAAAGCAGUUUCGUCACAGGAAAUCGCUUAACUUUCACCACAGAAUCCACACAGGGGAGAAGUCAUUUGCAUGUUUAGACUGUGGAAAGUUUUUCUUUCAGAGCAGUAGGCUUGCUAAUCAUCAAAGAAUCCACACAGGGGAGAAGCCAUUUGUGUGCUCAGAGUGUGGAAAGAGUUUCUCUCGGAGCAGUAGCCUUAGUAUUCACCAAAGAAUCCACACAGGGGAGAAGCCAUUUGCAUGCUCAGAGUGCGGAAAAGGAUUCAGCCAGAGAAUACACCUUACUAAUCAUCAAAGAGUCCACACUGGGGAGAAACCAUUUACAUGCUUGGAAUGUGGAAAGAGCUUCAGCCGCAGCCCACAUCUUACUAGUCAUCAAAGAAUCCACAUUGGAGAGAAACCAUUUAAUUGCUCAGAAUGAGGAAAGAGUAUUAGUCAGAGUAGAAACGGAGUCGGGACCUCCUCCUCCUCCUUUUGUCCAGCGGUGCCCAUUCCUGGGCAGGCGGAUCUGGCCACGUGUAAAAAACACUUCUUGUCCCCAGAGAGCCAGAGUUUGCAGGCAGAGAAACGUGUUGAAUUUCCAGGGCUGAACAGCUGCAAAGUCGGGUGGGCUUUGCCUUCAGGGGUCAGGAUGGAGGAGCAUGUCUCUGCUGGUCCUAAAGGAGGAGGAAGCCCUGAUCCUGACGCGGCUAGGAGCACUAGGUGGUUCUGUGGCAAAAUGGAGCAGAAGAUGCUGGGAGGGGACAUCCCCAUCUCAGAGACACAGCACCAGCUCUUCAGGCAGUUCCAUUCCCAGGAGGCCAAGGGGCCCCGUGAGGUUUGCAGCCAACUCCAUAGCCUUUGCUGUCAGUGGCUGAAGCCAGAGAGAAACACGAAAGCUCAGAUGCUGGACCUGGUGAUCCUGGAGCAGUUCCUGAGUGUCCUGCCGCCAGAGGUGGAGAGCUGGAUCAGAGAAUGUGGAGCAGAGACCAGUUCCCAGGCAGUGGCCCUGGCAGAAGGUUUUCUCCUGAGCCAGGCAGAGGCCAAGAGGCAGGAAGAGCAACAGGUGCAGGGGAUAUUGGCAGGAAUAGCCACAGAUUUGUCCUACUUGGGGAAGGCUCCAGAGGUGCUACUUUCCAGGGGGAUUGUGCAGGAUAAUGGCACAGGAAGCAUCUCACCAGCCUCUCGGACUGAGCUGCAGCAACUAGAGGGAUGCGAAGGAAGUCCUCUCCUGGUGACCUCAGAGGUGCAAGGGGGAACAUGUGGAAGGCGGCAACCUCUGAGGGAGGCAGGUGGUGGAACAAUGUUGGUGAAUUGUUCGGGGGAUUGUCCUCUUUCUGCUGCAGGGGAACCAGCGGCUGUGCAGUUGAACCAGAGUCUGAUGAUCUUUGAGAAGGUGGCUGUGUAUUUCACAGAGGAAGAGUGGGCUCUGCUGGAUCCAGGACAAAGGGCUCUGCACAGGGAAGUCAUGGAGGAGAACUGGGGGGACGUGGCCUCUCUGGGGCUCCUGGUUCCCAAAUGUGACCUUGUCAGCCGGCUGGAAGGCAGGAAAGAUGCAUCUGUCAAGGAAGAAGAGAGAUCUGCAGGUGAUAGGAAGAAGAAUGAGGAAGAGCAUGAAAAACAGAGGAGGAGAACUGAAGCCAAGCAGAAGGGGAGAAAGGAAGCCCUUCUUCCAGAAGGCCCUGACUUCCAUGAAAUUCCAAGCCAAGAAGGAAAUAAGAGGGAUACAUUUGCAAACUAUGGAAAAACCUUAACUAGUGAAUCAAACCUUGGUACACCUCAAAGAGUACAGAGUGGGAGAGAACCAUUUAUAUGUUCAGAUUGUGGAAGGAGCUUCAGUCAGCAGAUGUACUUAACAAGACAUCAAAGGAUCCACAUGGGAGAGAAGCCAUUUCAAUGUACAGAGUGUGGAAAGAAUUUCAGGCACAGCACACAACUUAUUGCUCAUCAAAGAAUCCACACAGGGGAGAAACCAUUUCUAUGUUUAGAGUGCGGAAAGAGCUUCAAUUAUCGGACAAAUUUUACUAGGCAUAAAAAAAUCCACACGGGAGAGAAGCCAUUUCCAUGUGCAGAGUGCGGAAAGAAUUUCAGGCAGAGGAUAGAGCUGGUUGCACAUCAAAGAAUCCACACAGGGGAGAAACCACACAAAUGCUCAGAGUGUGGAAAGAGCUUCAGGAGGAGCUCACACCUUGCUUCCCAUCAAGGAACUCACACAGGGGAGAAACCACAUAAAUGCUCAGAUUGCGGAAAGAACUUUAGUCAUAGCAGUAGCCUUAUUUACCACAAAAGCACUCACACAGGAGAGAAACCGUUUAAAUGCUUAGAUUGUGGAAAUAGCUUCAAUCAGAGUGUAGCCCUUAUCUCACAUCGAAGAGUUCACACAGGGGAGAAGCCAUUUGUGUGCUCUGAGUGUGGAAAGAGCUUCAGUCACAGCAGUAGCCUUACUUAUCACAAAAGAAUUCACACAGGAGAGAAACCAUUUAAAUGCUUAGAAUGUGGGAAGAGCUUCCGUCAGAGUGUAGCCCUUAGCUCACAUCGAAUAGUCCACACACGAGAUAAACCAUUUACAUGCUCAGAGUGUGGAAAGCAGUUUCGUCACAGGAAAUCCCUUAAUUUACACCACCGAAUCCACACAGGGGAGAAUCCAUAUCCAUGCUCAGAGUGUGGAAAGAGCUUCAGUCAGAGCAGUAGGCUUGCUAAUCAUCAAAGAAUCCACACAGGGGAGAAGCCAUUUGUGUGCUCAGAGUGUGGAAAGAGUUUCUCUCAGAGCAGCAGUCUUACUCUUCAUCAAAGAAUCCACACAGGCGAGAAGCCAUUUGCAUGCUCAGAGUGUGGAAAGAGUUUCAGCCGCAGCACACAUCUUACUAGUCAUCAGAGAGUCCACACUGGGGAGAAGCCUUUUACAUGCUCAGAGUGUGGAAAGGGUUUCAGCGCAGGACACAUCUUAUUAGUCAUCAAAGAGUCCACACUGGGGAGAAACAAUUUACAUGCUCAGAAUGAGGAAAGAAUUUUAGUCAGUGGUUUCAUCUUACUACACAUCAGAGAGGCCACACAGUGGAGAAACCUUAUAAAUGCCUAAAGUGUGGAAAGAAUUUCAGUCAGAAGAAGAACCUGAUUACUUACUCGUUGUAGUGCGGGUUCCCCCCCCGCACCGAUCGAAUGCAGUUAUUUGAAUUUAUGUUAUGAUUUUUAUUUCUCUCAGCAUUCCUUUAUUUCAUUGCCAUCAUUUAAAGUAUCUGUAUGGAUAUACAGGAUCUCAGGAUCUAAGUACAUAAAGGUCUUCUGAGGCAAUGCAUUGUUGUAGGCAUGGGGGCACAGACUAAGACUCACAGAUUCUUUAAAAUGAAAAAGAAAAUUGAAGUUUGUUCAUUUUAAAUUCUGAUGUUAGCUUGGUUCUCUACUUAGAAAGUGGGGUAAUUUACUUGCUUAGUUACAGGACUGUUGUUUUGACUGUUACAGAAUAUUUUAAUUCGCGUCAGGCAUAUACAGCUUUUAAAAACUUUCUUUCCACAUCUCAUAAAGCUGGUCUACUUUAAAUAACGGCCCAUUUGACUCACGAGUAUACCCCUUAGGUUCUGGCCUCACUGCUGUACAUCAGAAACAUUUGCACAGUGAACCUUCAGUCCCAACUGCUAAUUCAACAACUGAGCUCUAACUGCUUUCUAACGGAACAUUAUUAAACUGCCCCCCCCAACACACUAAACAUUCUUUAAACAUACAUGAAACCUCAUCUCAUCACACUAAUCAAAGAGGCAAGAGGGUUUAAAAUCUUCAGCAUGGAGAAAGGGAUUUCAUCGCAGGGUAAAGAAAUCUAGAGAAUUAACGGGAGAGAGUCCUAAAAAUUGUCAGCCAUGGCUGAAGUGGGGAAAGAGGUUGAGAUGAAGUGCAGAUCUACAUCCAAUGAUUGGCAUGCAGACAGCAUCAUAGAAAUAAUUAAAGGCUUUUCUGAGUAUUUCAGCCCUAAUAACAGACACAGAAUUUGUGCAGAGGAGAAACUGUAUAAAUGCUUAAAAUGUGGGGGAAACUUCCACCAUCACAGAGAAUGAAUAAGUGUGUGGAAAGCAACUUUCAAGGGGAACUAACAUCUUGCAAGGUGUGUGAGGCAUCUAGUGAAUCAGGGUCUGGUCACCUGUGUGGAAUAAACCUUGCUUCCUAAGGAUGAGACACAUCCCCACUCUGCUGGGGAAAGAUCGCCUCAUCUUGAAGAGGAUUUCAUACCGCUGGGAUUAGAAGGAUUUGGAAGUUCUGGGAAUGCAUUCAAAAUUUAAGCAUCAGCACAAAUAAGGAGGUUGAGCUCUAAAAUGUUUGGGUUUCUUGGCACAACUGCAUUGUAUCCUAUGAGCCAUAGAUUCCCCACUUAAGCUCGACAUUUGCAUCUUUCACUGAUGUAUUUUGGGUGACCGGCAUGCUCUUCCAUGCAGAAUAGUAGAGAUGUUUUUUCUUUCCUCAUUUUUAAGCUGGGGAAGGUAAAAGUAAAGGUAUGCUGUCAAGUCGGUGUUGACUCCUGGCAACCACAGAGCCCUGUGGUUUUCUUUGGUAGAAUACAGGAGGGUUUUACCAUUGCCUCCUCCCACACAGUAUGAGAUGAUGCCUUUCUGUCACUGCUGCCCGAUAUAGGUGUUUCCCAUAGUCUGGGAAACAUACCAGCAGGGAUUCAAACCGGCAACCUCUUGCUUGCUAGUCAAGUCAUUUCCCUGCUGUGCCAUUAGGUGGCUAAGCUGGGAAAACAGAUACCUUAUUUAUUGACUGGGUUUUUAAUGUAUUUUCAAAGGCUUGUACUGUAUCCUGAUUUUUUCUCAAAUACGAACAAAAACAGCUAAUAAUAUAUUCUUUUAUAAGGAACAUUACAACAAAAUUGAAAAGAAAACAGAAGAGCAGAAACAAAAACAAUCUCAAAUGAACACAAUCCAAUCCAGCCAUGAGAUGACUAAUUAAAUGCCAAAUGAUUGCAUUUCAUGGUAUACAUUUGUAUUUCAUCUGUAGAGAAGUUAAUAAAGCGUUCCCAUUUUGUUGAGAA